AUGUUCCCGUACGAUAAACUUGAUGAAUACUUUUUCUACGAUACACCUACGGAUUUACUCGCCACAUGUGGGCAACUAAAUGUGAAUUCCAGUCAAGUCUAUAAAGUACAAUGUAUUGUUACGAAAGUUCUUGGGAUAUGGUCGGCAUAUUUGUUACCAAUUAUAUGUGGACUUGGUUUAAUUACACACUGUCUUGUUAUCACAAUUAUAUUUAAAUGUUUAAAAUGUACACCGCGCCAGUUAAUCUAUACUGGUUGUUUAAGUUGUUCCAAUAUAUUGACGAAUAUUUUAUUUGCUUGGUUAUGGUUAUUUCCCGCUAAAGGUUUACCAUAUAUAACCAACGGACAAAUUUAUUACUUCAUAUUUAAUACAUCAAGAAUUGCUUGUCGCCUAUGUCGUUUCACUUAUUCACUGAGUACAACAUUAACUAGUAAUUUAAUAUUAUGUUCAGCGAUUGAUCGUUGUUUGAGUAUAUAUUUCCCAGUGAAAUUAUUACAUUUAUCGAAUCGUCAUGCAUGGUAUAUAUGCUUAAUUGUUUUAAUCAUCAGUAGUAUUAUGAUGUCACCAUUUUUAAUUGUAAUUGAUUGGAUACAAGUUGGACAAUUUCAUAUUUGUUGGAUAGAGGAAUCGUUAUUUCAUUUACAAAUUUAUCAUACAUUAUUCGCUAAUUUAGGCUUAGUACAAAGCAUUUUAAUUGUUAUAGUAAAUAUUGCUUUUAUCACACGUCUUAUCAUACAGACUAGACGAACACGUCAUACUAUGGCACAUAACAAGAAAGAAUUAAAACAUAUCUCUAUUUCUAUUAUUCUCUUAGCAUUUUCAAUGUCAUAUGUAUUGACUGCACUACCUCAAACUACAGUUUAUUUAUUAGCGUUUCUAUGGUCAUAUACAAAUGAGGUGAUUGAUGAAGUAUAUGAAGUAUGGAUAAGACUUAUGUAUAAUUUAGCCGAUAUUGGUUGGAAUCUUCAUUUUACACGAGAAUUAAUUGAUUUAAUUAUGUAUUUUAUAUAUUUGAAACCAUUACGUCGAAUAUUAUUGUAUAAGAUUAGAAAAAUCAUCAAUAUAGCUCAUUCAUCGAAUCCGAACACGUCAGAUCAUGCAUCAUUAAAAUAAUAUACAUAAAGGGAAAUCACUGAUUAAAACAGAACAAUGUAUAAUGCGUUGGUAAAAGUUAGACGGUUUUAAUUCAAACGAUUAUUCUUAU